GAGCAAAGAUCCAUCUCUACACGGACGGCUCCAAAAACCCGAAGAAGCCGAGCGACGACGCCUGGUCCGUUGUGAUCGUCGGUGACGACAACCGCGGUUUCAGCUUCCAGGGGGCCAUCAUGGGGAAGCACAAGAGCGGCACCGACAUCGACCUCGAGGACAACGUCGAGCACGAUACCACCUCUACGACCGUCGAGAUCACAGCCCUGAUAUGGGCCUUCGCCUGGGUGAUACACUACAACCCCCUCUACAUCACCACGAUAUCCACGGACUCGCUCGGCGCUCUGCAGCUCGCGAAGAGGCUAGCCUUCACCGACCACGACCCUAAGCUCGUCAGGACACUCUGCAUUCUCUACGACAUGGUCAGCAACAAGGUCGACCUGCAGCACGUCCACGCCCGCGACUACAACCCGUGGAACGAGGUUGCCGACGCCGCCGCCAACCACGGACGCCUGCAAGAAGUUAUACCUCCACAGCCAGAGUGGGCAGACUGGGGGUUCCUCAUCGACGCGGACCCCAACACAAAGGAGGCAUACCCCGUAUUCGGCCACGGCAAUCUCACAGCUAACAGGGUCGAGACGACCGCCGAGGCCCGACACUUUCACAACCCCUCCGAGUCCAGCGACAAGAAGAUUCUUGUAGAAAUAAACAUCGCCACCUUCAACAUCCAGUCGGCGAGAGAGCCAAGGGAAGGAUCGAAGCGUCGAAAAGAGAAGACCAACAAGCUUAAGACCACGAUGGCCUGCCUGUGCGACGAGGACCUCCAUAUCAUUGGUAUCCAGGAGGCAAGGACAACCUGGGGCGUCCGCGACGCAGGACAAGACGACGACGCCAGAUGCGCCAACGCCAACUGCUACCACAUCAUUUCCACCGGCCACAAAGGGUUCAACUACGGCUGCGAGCUUCAUGUUCUACUCAGCAAACCCUGCGGCAAGUGCGGCAAAAAGGAGCUCUUCUUCAAACCUGAGCAGUUCACAGUCAUCGUCAAGGACCCCAGGACAGGCAACACCACCAGCGCGGCCAUCGGCGACAAGGGCUUCAAGCACAACGAGGACCCAAACGGACACCGUCUACAUGAGCUGCUCCUGACCAACCACCUGGCGGCCACCAACACCUUCGUCAGCCAUGGACCAGAGCAUCAUACCUGGCACUCGGGCAAGGACCCUCAUCGCAUCGACUACGCCAUCAUCCCCAUGGGCUACAUCGACUCCAUCGAGGAGUGCGCCGUACUCUACGGCAUAGACAGCGGCCAAGACCCAGAGACCAAGGACGACCACUACCCAGUCAAGCUGCAGCUUGCCUACCAGAUAAUCUCGUCCGUCACCAAAGGAAUCCCGAAGUUAGACGAGAGCAAGCUAGUCAAACACCCGCCCUGGGGCACCAACCUCAACGAGCACCUCGCCAUAGCCACUGAGAAGAUCACGGAGGCCGCGCCCGAGUGCUUCUGCUCCAACAGCCACGUCCCGCGCAAGCCCUACCUCACCAGGCGGUCCCUUGCUCUCCUGCGAGUUCGCCGCUCGAUACUCAAGACGACACGGAUCGCCAAGACAAGCGGGAUUGCCAGCCACCCCGGCGACAAGAUGCUACGCUACACGGCAAAGAUCAUCGCGAGGGAAGCCCUCCUGCCCGGCCCCGCAGAUGCGAGUGCCCUGGCCGAUCUCAGCGACUACGUCAAACCUGUGGUGGCCUCUAUCAUACUCAGCACUCCCAGCCAAGCUUCCCACGUCGUGGAACCCGACGAUGCCAACACCGCGCACCGCGCCCAGCACUACUUUGACGCCCUUCUCAAAUUCCCCAGGACGUCCAAGUCAAUCCUGCAGAAGUGGAUAACGACAGACCGCGACGACUUCCUUGAGAGAACCGCCGACGAGAUGGGCGCAGCGAUCGACGACCACGCCCCCCGUUUAGAGGCCCUGUACGCCAAGCGACUACUGGCCUUCGGAGGACGAAAAUCAAAGAACCCGCCGACGCCCAUCAUCCGCACCAGCGACGACGGGGGGGCCCUCACGAAGAAGAGCGAGAUCGCCGACCACGCCCUAGCCUUCUACGGCAAAGUUGAGCAAGCUAUUGCCACGGAUGCAGACGGGGUAGCAGCCGACUACAACAAGAGGACCCGCCACGCAGGACCAGGGAUGGCUCGCCUGCCCCACACUGUCCUAAUCAAGACCCACUUCGAGAGCACCGAGCCCAUCGCCGCCAAGGGCGGGUACCCCACGUAUUUCCACAAAGGACAGGGGGCCAUGGAGCUCCAGAAACCACACCGCGGCAUCCUGCUCAACAACACCAUCGGCAAGAUGCACAGCACGUUCCUCCGCUCCCGCGUGAAGGGCCUGCUACCUGAGCUACUAGAGGCAACCCAGUGCGGCGCCCGUCCCAAGACGGCCACGGAUUUCAUCACUCACACCAGCCUCGCCUUCAUCAGCGACUGCCAGAGGAUAUCAAGAUCAUGCAGCAUCACCUUCCUGGACCUCAAGGGGGCCUUCCACUCCGUCACCAGGGAAUUCUGCAUGCAAUUGCCGACCACCGCUGACGAGCUCAACGAACUCAUCGAACGGAUCGACAUUCCCGACUUCAUCAGACCAGCUCUAAAGGAACGACUCCAGCAACCAGCCUACAACAACCAGCACAUCGACGACGAGCACCUCUGCCACAUGAUCGCUGAUCACCACACCUCCAACUGGAUGACAGCCAAGAGCGCAAGGCACUACCAGCUACCUCGGACCAGCACCCGACCUGGAGUGCCAUACUCGGAUGUCGCCUUCAACGUACACUUCGCCAUCAUGCUGAGGGCAAUCGACCAGGCAGUUCGAGAAGAAGAGGCCCACGGCCAGCAGACAGGAAGCGCGCUCAGAAACAUGUCCUUCGUCGACGACCUCACCGACUACAACUCGACCGCCAACGCCAACGAACUGAUCAACGCGAUAGCUCUGGCAGCCGCAAGGCCCUGCACAGCAGCAUUCCAGCAUGGCCCGAAGCCACGCCCAGAAAAGACCGAAGCCAUCCUCAUGCACUACGGCGCGGGGUCCAAGAAGGAGAAACAACGGAUAGCCAAGGAGGGCAUCACAUACCUAGAAUUGGACGGACUUGCUAUCAAGGUGCAGCUGGUAACGCAACAGAAAGCCCUCGGUGCCAUCAUCUCGGCGGGCGGGGUCAUGGGGUCAGAGAUCUGCCUAAGGGUCAACCGUGCGCCUGGUGCAGCCCGGCCUCUAGAGAAGCAGAUCCUCCGCCGCAAGAAGCUCUCGAAGAAAGCCAAGGGCAAGUACGUCCACUCUUUUUCGACAUCCUCGCUUACCUACAACCGCCAUGUCUGGGGCGACCUGGCCAUGAAGGACCUGAUGCAUAUAUCCGCCAAGUACAUGGGCCCAUACCGAGCCGCAGCUUCACUACCCAAGACCAACUCACCCGACCAGCACAUCUCCGAGGCCGAUGCAAUCGCCAAGACAGGAGCACCCGACUUCAUCACCCACCAGUCGAUCGCGCGGCUACGAUACUUGCCUAGACCCCUGAGUAAUGCUCCAGCAGUCCUACUUCAGCUACUCGACGGCCAGCGCCAACGAAAGGGCGCAUGGGGCAGCCAGCUCAAGAAAGACUUCGACUUCCUACGCGCCAAGCUCCAGAAGGACAUCUUGAUGACCUCGGCAGACCGCGCAACUGAAGUGCUGGACCUCUGCGACGACACCAACAACGAGAAGUGCGUCUGCUACGCCUGCGGCCGAGCGAUGGAGCCUCUGACGGGGCAACACAUAGCAGAGAACCUCGCCGCCAUCGCCGAGGCCAAAAACGCCAACAAGAAGCAAGGGCGACGCCCCACCUUCAGCGACAAGCCAGCCUACCCGUGCGACGUCACGCCGCUGCCUCUCAUCGGGACGCCGCCCGUCCUACCCAAAGCUGCCGACCUCCAACAGAUCAUGGCCAGCAACGGAAUCACGAGCAUCAGCGGACUGGACUACGCGCAGAUCGCAAUCCCCAGCGAUGGCCAGACCUCAGAACUUCCGACAAUACUUCGGCGAACACAGCGCAGGAUCCUACAUGGCGAGGUAGCGGCCAUCUACGUAGAGUUCCCACGACGAACCUGGUACCUACACGAUACAUCCGACGUUCUAGGCAGCAGAGCAAGCAAGCGGCGCACCCCAGAGGCGCCCUGGGGAACGCCUCAAGUCUCCGAGACCAUCGCCGACGAGAUAUUCGCCGCCAACAACGUCACACGAGAGGCCUUGCGUACGAUCUUCAUGGCGACUACUACCAACGUGCCACUCGUAGCAGCCAUCUCGGCCGAGUCGAUUAUCAGAAAGACCGCAAAAUAUCGGUACAUCGCCAACCUGACGACCGUCUACGAGACCCCGACGAAACACUGCGACCUCGGCGCCAUACAGAUCCUCGACAACGGCACCCGCGACGACCUCCGCAACAUAAGGCAUGCGGCAAACGAAGAGGAGAUCGACUUCACCAUCGCCGGCCUGCUCGGCGGCAACAUCGUGGCUAGAUGGGGCCUCAGAACCGCAGCCGCUGCGCCCGCCAGCCAGAACCUGAACACCAACGACGCUUACUACAUAGAACGAGAAGACGAAGUGCCGCCUCAUGCCGAAGACGAACGCCACGAAUAG